AUGUGGUUGUCCGCAGGCACACCAUUUAUAGGUGCCAUUGUCUUGGGAAUAUUAAAGCCACAAGGGCCUUCAGAACUACUUGUUCAGUCUUUCAAGAUGCCGUCCAAGAGCCAGAGCCUGAUGGGACAAGAUGGUGUACGCACGUUCCAGGAUAUGCUAUACCAGCACGCGAGGGCCAUGAGCCACGUUUCGGUGUAUUACGCCACUGAAGAAGUUGGGGUCAGCGAACUGUUACACACACUGGUGCAGGUGCUGAAGAAGGGCAGUAAGCUGGUAUUUUUGGGUAGCGGAAAAUCGUUCAAGAUUAUACUCAAGACUGUGGCGAUGUUAACGUCUCUCGGUAUUGACUCGCGAUACUUGCACCCCAGCGAGGCGCUACACGGCGACAUGGGCGCAGUGCGCCCCGGAGACGCCCUGGUGGUGUGCUCCAGCAGCGGCGAGACACAGGAGCUGGUACAGUUCCUGGAGCAUGCCGGACGCGUGCUCGAACCUUCAGUCAAGGUCUUGGUGACGUCAAGCACCCAAUCCACGUUGCACGCCCUGGUCGAUCAGGUGCUAUACGUGCCGCAGCCCGUCCAGUUUCAGGAGAAGACGCUCCAGGACGGGCUGCCCUCGCCCACAGUCUCCACGACGUUGAUGUUGACUGUGCUGGACUGCUUCUGUCUGGCGCUCACAGAGCUGUACUUUGACGGCGACACCGCGAGGCGGCGCGAGUUUUUCCGCAAAAUGCACCCUGGCGGCGGGAUCGGCAAACAAUCGCAAGUGCCCGUACCCGUACCCGUGCCCGUGCUGAUGCCGAUGGCGCUGCACAAGGACGCGGUCGGAGCGCCGAUCGACUCAACGGUGUGUGGUCACGUGCCAGACGGCGCCUCCGAGAGCGAGUUCUUGCAGUCCAUCGUGCAGUUUGACUACUGCGUCGUCGCCGGUGUGCGCUAUGACUCGCACGUGCUACAGCAUCGCUACCGCGAAUGGAAGCGUAGCAUGCCCGCGUUCCCUUUGAAGUACAGCGCAGACAGGUCGUGGAAUUUAGCGGCGCUGCUGGCGUCAGCUGUGGUGGCUGCCAACCAAGCCGAUUCAAUGUAG